CUCCUCCUCCUCCUCCUGGUGCUGCUGUAUGAUAUAAGGUGAGCAAGGCAGAGCACCAGUCACUCACGGCACACCAGUAGUCCAUCAUGGGUCUCCUAGCCGUGUCUUGCUUCUUCGUGGUGUUGGCCGCCGCGUCCGGCACACCGCUGGAUGAAGACUGGUACAACUAUUAUGACACGGGUGCCACCAGCCCCCCCACGUCUGCGCCUGGGCCCACCACCGGCAGCACUGACUGCCAGUGCGGUGUGGCCAACCUGAAUCGCAUUGUGAACGGCGCCACCGUGAAUCCCCCUCACAAGUACCCGUGGCACGUGGGCCUCAAGAAGCAGGGCGGCGCCUCCUACUGGUGCGGCGGGACCAUCAUCAACAGCAAGUACGUCGUCACUGCCGCCCACUGCUUCUUUAACAAGGCAGGGGAGCGCGAAUCUGACGUCGGGCUGGUAGUGGGCGUGGCAGACCAUGACAUGAGCGCCACCACUGACGACGUGGCAGGCGUGACACGUCUGGUCAGCGUGAAGAAAGUCAUCCUGCAUUCCAGCUACAGUCCCUCGGGGGCUGACUAUGACAUAGCGCUGCUGCAGCUGGCGGAGACGCUCGACCUCAGCAAGAACAAGGAGCUGCGUGCCGUGUGCCUGCCCGAGAAUGACUCCAAGACCUACGCGGGGAUGACGGGCAUCGCCGCUGGCUGGGGGGACCUUGUGGACAGCGGGAGUCAGCCGGACAAGCUGCAGGAGGUGGAGCUGCCCAUCCUGGAUACUACCUGCAUGAACUUCGGCGUCAGUGAGAGGAUGCUCUGCGCUGCCACCGAGAGUGGCGACAAGGACACCUGCCAAGGGGACUCCGGCGGACCGCUCUUCGUGGUGGAGGACUCCAAGUACAAGCUGGUCGGUAUCACCUCCUUCGGCACUGGCAAGUGUGCUGAGAAGGGCAAGCCUGGGGUGUACGCCAGGGUUUCCAAGUUCCUUACGUGGAUUAAGGAGAACACCGCCGAUGGAGCCUACUGCAAAAAUUAGUGCUGCCUAGCCAUCUCUGCCAGUGUGGACAGCGCGGCAGCCUUCAUUCGCCGCCUGCCGCCCCUUCAAGAUGACCUCACUUUUCAGUAUACGCAGCAGUAAUUGAAGCUUGGACAACGCCUCGCUCUCUGCAUCGCGGUGACGAGCCGUGGCGUGGUGUUUGCAAGCUCAGCCCCGCGAAGCUGCUUCCUGAAGGCGUCUUUAGCCGCCGACCCUUUUCAUCCUUCCCUGCUGCGGAACACUCUCCCUCUUCCCCUCUGAAUAUCUUUGACACUUGUUGUCCAUUGCUGAAUAAAAUGUGCACUAAAA